CCGCCCCCGCCCCCCGCCUUCGAGCUGCUGGCGGUGUCGCCCGGCCUGCUGCCGCUGGCGGGCGGCGCACUCACGCUAGCGGGGCGCUUCGAGGUGUGGCCCUUGGAGGGGCCGGUGACCUUCACCUGCGUGUUCACACUGACAGAUGCCUCGGCGGGCGGCAAGGCGGUGACCUCCAACUACACGGCGGAGCGCCCCUCCGUGUCCGCCCUGCUCUGCCCCGCUCCCGUGGCUCGAAGCUCCGCCGCUUAUCUGCAAGUCAGCGUCGCCCGCAGCCCCGCACGACCCGGCAUGGAGGGGCAGCAGGAUGUGGCUGCGGCGCCCGAUGUCGUCAGGUACUACGCGCCCUGCCCCGCCGACUGCAGCGGCCACGGCAGCUGCCGACUGGGUGUGUGCGCAUGCAACGACGGGUGGACCGGAGAUGACUGCGGAACGCUGGUGCCCGUCUUCGCCAUUGACAGCCUGCAAGGCGGCCCUGCCAGCGGCGGGCGGCAGGUGCUGCUUGAGCGCAUCUCCUGGGCCGCCCAGCCCCUCCUCGCCAAUCCUACCCCCGCCACCUGGCUCCUCUCAACCGACCUAACCGCCAUCACCAUCAACUCCACAACCGGCCGCCUCACCUGGCCCGCCACAGCUGCCGCUCCCGACACCUCCGCCUCACCCCACCUGGUCACCAUCACCGCUGUGUCGUACAGCGGCAAGGUAGCUACGUACAGCUUCUACGUCUCUGUCGUACCGUUGUACGGCAUUACGGAGCUCCGGCUGCCGGGCGGCUCCCGGGCGGCCCCGGGCAGCAGGGUGGCCAUUGCGGGCCGUGUGGGCCUCAGCCAGGCGGCCAUCGCUGCUGGAGCAGACGCCGCCACGCCGCUCCCCUCGCUGCCGGUGCUGGUGCUGGUGCGCCAGACCUCCCAGCUGGGCUCAUCCACCUCCUCUUCCUCCUCCAGCAGUGGCUUCCAGGUUCUGCGGGCCAACAGCAGCUCCUCGGGAGACGGCGCCUUCUCAGUGGAGCUGGCCGUGCCGCAGAGCAGCAUGGGCUCUUUCGACAUCUUCGCGCUGCACCCCGCCGCAUCCCUCAACGACACCGCCCCCACACCCUCCCCUGCGGACGGCACCCCGCUCUACCAGCGCCGCUUGGCGCUCUCCGUUCCCUUCAUUGCCGCGACCAUCAGCAGCAGCAGUGGGCAGCUGGACCCGCGGUUCGCAGCGCCCACCCUGUCACUGGACCCGGGCAGCAGUGUGCAGCUGGGGGAGUUUGCGGGGCUGGUGGGAGCGCUGGAGGAUUUGGCUUCCCUGAACGUAACCGUGCGCACCCGCCUGGUCUCUUUCUCCGGACCCCCGCCCAGCCUUACCGUCAACACCAGCCUCGCCGCGCCGCCCUCGCCCCUCUGCACCGCCUCCUCCAACUCCUCCAGCCUGCCCCUCUGCCAGGGCGUGCAGGACGCCGCAGCCGGGGCGGCCCCUGGCAGUGCUGUGCUGCAGCUGCGGGUGGCAUCAGCGCUGGUGCAGGGCUCGGGAGCAGCGGAACUGGAGGUUGUGCUGACCCUGCGCGGCGGAGUGAGCAACGCCACCGCCACCCUGCUGCUGACGGUGCUGGUGGACUCGGCGCGAGUGGAGCUGGCGGCCGACCCGGCGGGUCGCUUGUCCGUGGUGCUGCCGCCCAGGGGUGGUGCAAACUUGCACCUCACAAUUACCAACAACGGCAACAUUGCUUCAGGGCCUUUGCAGCUGCCCGCCAUGCCCGCCGGCGGCUCCUGGCUCAGCCCCACCACCCCCCUGCCCCUGGCCUCCCUCGACCCCGGCGCAUCAGCCUCCCUGGACUUCUGGGUGGCUGUGCCGUCGACCGCUCGCCUGGGUGACUCCUUCACCAUCAGCACCACCCUCUACAGCAGCGUGACCCCCGGGUCGGUGCCGCUGUCUUUCGAGCUGGCAGUCGCCUCUGAGCCGCUUGGCAGUCUGGAGGUGACGGUGGUGGAUGAGUACACUACCUACGACCCCGCGCAGCCCCGGGUGGCUGGGGCCCGGCUGGUGGUGUGGUCACAAGACGGCAGCACCAUGAUUGCCAGCGGCAUGACGGGUGCGAACGGCACGUUCACGUUUGCUAACCUGACAGCGGGCUACACGUACGCGGUGGACGCCUUCGCCGCCAACCACACCUCCGCCCGCCGCACUGUCACCAUCACAGGCGGCGCUCGCAGCCUGCGUGUCUUCCUGUCCCGCAGCGCCGUGCGCGCCUCCUUCGCCGUCAUCCCCACCACCUUCCAAGAGGUGGUCGACAUUGUGGUCAACGUGGAGUACCUUACCUUCGUGCCCAUGCCGGUGGUCCGGGUGGAGCCGCCUCUGCUCUACGUGGAGGACAUGCUGGCGUCCCGCACCCUGCAGCUGCGCAUCAUUAACACGGGGCUGGUGGCGGCGUCCAACGUGCGCCUCAACGUGCCCGUGAACAGCCCGUACUACACACUGGGCUUCCUGGGCGCCCGCUGGCUUCAGCAGGAGAACGUAACGAUGGACGAGCCCGCCGACAUUAUGGUGUCAUCCUCCGCCGCCUCCUCCAACUCCACUGCCGUCAUCGACCUCUCCAGCGACAACCUGUACGUGCAGCUGGGCCGCCUGCCCGCCGUCAGCACACUGCUGCUGGAGCUGGCGGUGGCGGACAGGCACCUGGGCGGCUCCGGGGCGGGGAACAGCACUGGCGGGGCGGCGGACGGCGGCUCCGGGUCGACGGGCGACACCUCCGGGACAGGCGGCGGCUCCGGGGGACAGGACGGCGGCUCCGGUUCAGGAGGUGCUGGAGGCAGCAGCGGCGGGGCGGAUGGCAGCGGCAUUGACGUGUGCGGGUGGUCGGCGCAGUUGGAUCUGGCGUGGUGGGACCCUUGCGACCCAGGCGCGGACCGGGGCACCGCCGUGUCUAUCAUCAGCAGGACCUUCAACCCCAAGUGCGUAACGUCAUGUUGCGACAGUACCUUUGUGCAAGACAUGACCGUGUACAGCCCUCCAAACAGUGGCGGUAGCAUUGAACCCGGUGCUUCAUCUUCUACUACUUACAACGUCCUGAAAUGGGACCUGUGCAACGAGUGUGCUACUGACUGGUUUGAUGUGGGCUUGUGUCUGGCUAAGGACAUUAUCGCCCCCUGGAGCAAACCUGCGGGCCAAUUGAUCGAUGUUGUCCGCCGUGUAUAUGGCAUGAUGAAGAAGGCCGGCGCUGUCCGGCGCUCGUUGUUUGAGACGAGUGCAGGUGUGGGUGCUCUUGAGGGAAACUCCCAGCAGCUGCCCUCGCCUGCGCUGCCCGGACAGCACUCGUCCUCCCUCCUGGCCAUCGCCCAUACACCUGAUGAUGCUACCGCGGCCAUUACAGCUGCUCUGGUUGCCAGAGAGGGCGCGGCUCAGGUUGCCGAUCAGAAGCAACAACGCAGCCGGAUUGAGUUGUCAAAGAUGCAGCAACUGUGGGAUGAGGACGGUGACAACGACUCUCCAGUCGUCGUCCAGGCGGCUGUGUACGACCAGUUGGAGGAAGGGAGCGACCCGUGGGUCACCCGCCGGUCACUCCUAGACAUCCCUGGAAUCCCCGGCGGCUUAUCAGGCCCAUCAGAAAUGAUUGUGGAUAUCAUCAAGGACAAGACUAUCGGCAAGUUGCCGUACAUUGGGUGCCUGCUGGACCCGCUGCUGGACUGUCUUGGCUUCUGGGAUUACCUACAGGACAAGGUCGGUGAUGUGUUGUCGGCCCUUGGCGACUUUGCUGCUUCACAAGGCAUAACUAUCCCGACCACUGGGCACCACCGACGCAGUCUAUCAGCGGACCCCUCCUCCUCCUCCGGCGCCGGGUGUUCCCGCAGCCCCGCCACCACCCUGCAGCCGCUGGCGCCUGCCCUCGUCAUCCCGCUGGAUGUCGCCCUCAGGCCGCCAUCCCCUCUGGAAGUGCUGCUGGGGGUGCAGACUACUGCUGCGAUCAACUCCACCACCUCCUCAACUGAGAAGAACGCCAGCGCGCGCCGCCGCCUGCAGAAUGGUGGCACGCUGUACGUGCCGCCGGAGCAGCGCCAGAGCCACAUCAUGGAGGGCCCCGCAGGCCAGGAGGUCAUCCGCUGGGCGGCUGCCAUCGUCAAUCUGCAUGCGGCGGGUGCCGAGAUGUGGGGCCUGGAGCACUACAUGGAGUGGAUGAACCCCGAGUUCCCUGCCGACGUGGAGGCGCAGUGGCGGGCCGCCUGGGAGGCCGCCACCUCGGACGCCUCCCCCUCCGGGGUGCUGGUGGACUGGGGCGCGGAGGCUCCGCAGCUGCUGGGCGAGCAGUUCGCCCCGCUGGUCAACGCUACUGCCCGACAGGCGCUGAUCGACAGGUGGAACGCCACCUUUGCCCAGCAGCCCGGCAGCAGUAACAGCAGCAGCAGCAACAACAGCUCCCAGCCCGGUACCAUCAACCUGGAGCUGGUGCAGCGGGCGCAGCAGACCUACCUGGCCGAGACGCUGGCAGCACUGGACCAAGGAUACGCCAGUGUGUUUGACGCAAUCGACCAGAGUAUCAGCACCCUCAUCGCGCCCUACGUGGCCGGUACCGCGGGUGGAGGCGCCACGUGCGCCCGUGUGGUGGUGCAGCUGAGCCAGCAGCUGGUGCUGACGCGGCAGGCGUUCGAGGCCUCCCUGCAGCUGGACAACAGCGGCGGCGCCAGCAGCCUGAGCAACGUGACGGUGCAGCUGACGGCCUGGGUGAAGGACACUGGGGAGGCGGCCGGGAACGCGUUUGCGGUGGGGUUGCCCAGUGUUGAGGGCAUGGAGCAGGAUGACAGCGGCCUGCUGGUGCUGCCCGCUGGCGGUGUGAGCAGCAUGCGGUGGCUACUGGUGCCGCGGGAGGCCGCAGCGCUGCAGGCCGACACCUGGUACUACAUCGGAGGCCAGGUCACUUACGUGCCGGGUGACGGUCUGCCCGCCGAGGUGCUGCCGCUGGAGCCAGCUGACGUGCGCGUGUCACCCGAGGGGCAACUGGAGGUGCGCUACUACAUCGAGAAAGACGUGCAGGGUGACAACCCCUUCACCUCCGCCGUGGAGCCCAGUGUGCCCGCCGCGCUGGUCACCCUGCUGCACAAUGUGGGAACCGGGGUGGCGCGCGGGGUGGCCAUGCAGUCGCUGCAGCCCAAGAUUGUGGAGAACGAAAAGGGCCUCCUCAUCGCGUUCAGCAUUGUAAACGUCACUGUGAAUGGCCGGCAGGCGCCAGCGGCUCUGCUGGCGGAUGUGGGCGAUGUGGCGCCCGGCAGCACCGCAGUGGUACAGUGGUGGAUCAGCGCGUCUCUGCAGGGUACUUUCUCCGGCAUCAACGCCACCUUCAGCAGCCGCAACCCGCUCAACGACCCCACCCUCAGCACCGUCACCAACGUGACGCUGUACGACCUGCUGCACCUCGUGCACCUGGGCGGCGCCGCUGACGACGGCCAGCCUGACAUGCUGGUGUCCGCCUACUCGGGCUCCACCACUCCCGCCGCCAUCCACAGCAGCCGCGACGGCGCUGUCCUGCCGGUCUCAGUGGUACCCUCCGCCGCCCUCACCAACAUCUCCACCAGCGUAAGCGGCCCCACCCUCACCAUUACCAUCCGGGUGGACGGAACCCAGCUGAGGACGCCGGCCGUGUGGGCUGCUGGCAGCAGCAGUGGCACCUGCGGGUGGCAGUACCUGCGGAUGAGCAGCCCGGCGGCCCUGCAGCCCAGCAGCAACUGGGUUCUGCGGUCCGCCACGGCUGCUGCUGCUGCUGCUGCUGCUGGUCAGAGUGGCGGUGUGGAUCUAAGCCUGCCGUACAAUGCAUGGGCUUCAUACCGAGUGUACGGCUCUGAUGCAGCGGCGCAGGACUACAUCCACGUGCUGUACGACGGGUACAACUUGACAGGGGAUACGGUGCUUACACUGGCGUUUGAACUGGCAGGCCAGCCAUCUCAAUUCCAAAUGCCACCCCCCAGCCCGCAAAUCUCUUCGGCAAGCCCUCCACUGCCUCCUCCCGUCCUGGCGGAAACACCCGCUUCAAGCCCUCCGCCGCCAUCUUCACCCAGUCCUCCCAUUCCGCCUUCACCUCCCUCUCUGCCGCCACCCUCACCUCCAUCGCCCCUGCCACCUUCACCUCUCUCUCCGCCGCCACCCUCACCUCCAUCGCCCCUGCCACCUUCACCUCCCUCUCCGCCACCACCCUCACCUCCAUCGCCUCUGCCGCCCUCGCCUCCCUCUCCGCCGCCACCCUCACCUCCAUCGCCCAUGCCGCCUUUACCUCCCUCUCCACCGCCACCCUCACCUCCAUCGCCCCUGCCACCUUCACCUCCCUCUCCACCGCCACCCUCACCUCCAUCGCCCCUGCCGCCCUCGCCUCCCUCUCCACCGCCACCCUCACCUCCAUCGCCUCUGCCGCCCUCGCCUCCCUCUCCGCCGCCACCCUCACCUCCAUCGCCCAUGCCGCCCUCGCCUCCAUCUCCGUCGCCACCCUUACCUCCAUCGCCUCUGCCGCCCUCGCCUCCAUCUCCGUCGCCACCCUCACCUCCAUCGCCUCAGCCACCUUCACCUCCCUCUCCACCGCCACCCUCACCUCCAUCGCCCCUGCCACCUUCACCUCCCUCUCCGCCGCCACCCUCACCUCCAUCGCCCCUGCCACCUUCACCUCCCUCUCCGCCACCACCCUCACCUCCAUCGCCUCUGCCGCCCUCGCCUCUCUCUCCGCCACCACCCUCACCUCCAUCGCCUCUGCCGCCCUCGCCUCCAUCUCCGUCGCCACCCUCACCUCCAUCGCCCCUGCCACCUUCACCUCCCUCUCCGCCACCACCCUCGCCUCCGUCGCCUCUGCCGCCCUCGCCUCCAUCUCCGCCACCACCUUCACCUCCAUCGCCCCUGCCACCUUCACCUCCCUCUCCACCGCCACCCUCACCUCCAUCGCCCCUGCCACCUUCACCUCCCUCUCCACCGCCACCCUCACCUCCAUCGCCCCUGCCGCCCUCGCCUCCCUCUCCACCGCCACCCUCACCUCCAUCGCCCCUGCCGCCCUCGCCUCCCUCUCCACCGCCACCCUCACCUCCAUCGCCUCUGCCGCCCUCGCCCUCACUUCCAUCGCCCCUGCCACCUUCACCUCCCUCUCCACCGCCAAGCUUGGCUCCCCGUCCACCGCCGCUCUCACCUUACCCUCCGCAGCCUUCCCCAGCUCCGCUGCAACCGGUACCACCCUCUCCUUCCCCUCCUCCACCACCCUCUCCUUCCCCUCCUCCACCACCCUCUCCUUCCCCUCCUCCACCACCCUCUCCUUCCCCUCCUCCACCACCCUCUCCUUCCCCUCCUCCACCACCCUCUCCUUCCCCUCCUCCACCACCCUCUCCUUCCCCUCCUCCACCACCCUCUCCUUCCCCUCCACCACCCUCUCCUUCCCCUCCUCCACCACCCUCUCCUUCCCCUCCUCCACCUCCCUCUCCUUCUCCUCCACCACCUCCCUCUCCUUCUCCUCCUCCACCACCCUCUCCCUCCCCUCCUCCACCUUCACCGGGUCCUCUUCCUCCACCCUCGCCGGCGCCCCAGCCUCCACCCUCCCCUUUCCCUCCUUCUCCACCCCUACCCAACCCAGCCCCGCCGCCCCCUACCAUGAGCCCCCUACCGCCCUCGCCCCCCAGCCCCCCAGCUCCAACCCAUCCCCCUCCUCCUCCGCCCACCUCCUCCCUGGAGCCGGGCACUCCAGGAAACCCACCCGACGCGCCGCCUUCAAUCCCCGAGCCUCCCUCCAUGCCGCCACCACGCAGCCCCAGACCCCCGCGGUCCCCGGCCAAGCCCCCUAGGCCGCCACCCAAGGCUCCCAAGCCCCCUAAGACCCCCAAGGCGCUGAAGCCCCCAUCACCACCUCCAGCGCCUCCACGCUUUCCUCCGAGCCCCAACCCUCCUCCACAGCAGCCCCCCAGCCCUUCCCCACCACCUCCAAGCCCCUCACCUCCACCUCCAAGCCCCUCACCUCCACCACCUAGUCCCUCCCCGCCGCCUCCUAUCCCCUCGCCACCCCCUCCCAGCCUUCCACCGUCACCUGAGCCCCCAGCUACACCACCACCUCCGAAAAAGGGUAACAAGAAGUCACCUCCUCCUCCCCUACCCUCACCACCACCACCCAAGUCCCCCAAAUCUCCCAAAUCUCCCAAGUCUCCGAAGGCCCCAAAGGUGCCCAAGGCACCCAAGACCUCAGGCUAAUCGAUGUGGAACCCGCCUCUUGAAUUCGGGCAUUGGCUCGCUCGCCGUGGACUCGAAGAAUCAUGGGUAUUGUUUAAUACUUAAUUACUUCAUCUUCAGUGGCUGGCUGAUGCAAAUUGCAACACGCAUCUUUGUGGCUCUGUUGUUGACACUUGAGGCAAGGAUAGUACACGCAUUCCUGUUGGUUACGCGUACGGACGCAUGACUUGAGUGGGAUGACGCUGUAGCAUGAGGUAACCCUUGCAGUUGAGCAUGAAGAAAUAUAUUUGAAAGAUGUAAGUUGUAUAUAGUGCGGGUUUGUGGUGCUUGUGUGCAUGCCAUCGAGUGCAUGUGGGCAUGUUCAUUUGGUGUUAGGCUUUGAGAUCCGACCAUGCUGCAUCUUGACCGUUUUCUUAUACGUUAUUGGUUUCAACCAGCAGAAUAAAACAUUGUUUCACAUUCUCGUUAGCAGCCGUAUAAUUCCUGUAAUAGG